AGGAAAUGCCGGUUAUCAGCAUUUCUCGCCUCACGAGAUGUCACGCUGACAGCUUAGCACUGAUAAUCAGUGUGCCCUGAUGAUCAGUGUAGCCCCAGCAGUGCCACCUGUCAGUGUCCACCAAUGCCACCAGCCAGUGCCCAGCAGUGCCACAUCAAUGCCACGUAUCAGUGCCUACCAGUGCACAUCAAUGCCACAUAUCAGUGCCCAUCUGAGAUGCCUUUCAGUGCCACCUAUCAAUGCCAGUCAGUGCCGCCUAUCAUUGCUGCCAAUCAGUGCCAGGUAUCAGUGCCAGUCAGUGCUGCCUAUCAGUGCCAGUCAGUACCCCCUAUCAGUGCGCAUCAGUGCCGCCUAUCAGUGUCCAUCAGUGCCACCUAACAGUGCCAGUCAGUGCCACCUAUCAGUGCCACCUGUCAGUGCCACCUAUCAG